UACUGCCGCAUGUGUGGCGGGCCCAUGGAGCUGGCGCUGCCCGAGGGGGACGGCCAGUGGCGCCACGUGUGCCAGCGGUGCAGCUAUGUGGACUACCAGAACCCGCGCCUGGUGGUGGGCUGCAUCGUGCAGCACGAGGGCCGCAUCCUGCUGUGCCGCCGCGGCAUCGAGCCGCAGCGCGGUCUGUGGACCCCCCAUCCCGCGCCCUCGCUUGCGGCCCCCGCAGGAUACCUGGAGUGCGGGGAGUCGAGCGCCGCGGGCGCCGCCCGCGAGACGCUGGAGGAGGCGGGGGCGCGGGUGGACAUCCAGGGCCCCUUCUGCCACUACGACAUACCCGGCAUCAGCCAGAUCUACGUGCUGUUCCGGGGCCGCCUGGCGCCGCCCUUCACCUACGCCGCGCAGCAGCCCGAGUCGCUGGAGGCGGCGCUGUUUGCCCCCGAGGAGAUCCCCUGGGACCAGCUGGCCUUCUCCUCGGUCAGCAUCGCGCUCAGGAGCUACCUUGCCGACCAGGCCAGCGGCCGCUUCGCCGUGCACCACGGCGUCAUCCAGAAGCGCAAGGGCUCGGGCCCCAACGAGCCGGGCAGCUUCCAGCUGGUGGAUCACUUUGCGCUGCCCACGACGGUGCCCAGCCGGCAGCAAGAUUGA